AUUGACCACACACAGUACUGUCGGUCCGCAUUGGCCACUCAUUCAUCCAAUUAAAUUAAGAUCCAUCCUUCCAUUCAAUCAUCAUCAUCAUCAGGACUCAAACAAAGACUACUGUCGGUGCGACUGCAAGUGCGAGUGCCUUGGAUUCCAACCGCCGGAAGAUGAGGAAGGAUGGGGCAGCGGCAGCCUCAGUUUCCGGCAAUACAGUGGGAAAGGUGUUCCUCUGUUUCGAAACGAAGCCCUUAGUUGCCACAUUGCUUGCCUUGACACUCGUCAUGGUCAUCUGGAACCUCCAACCUUACUACGAGAACAUCCUCUCCGCCGCCAGCCGCUGCUCCGCCUCUGUCCCCUCCUCUCCCACUCCCACUCCCACUAUGCCAUCUCUCCCUAUCACUGCCACCUCCUUGGCCGAGAAGAAGAAGAAGAAGAUGGAGGAGAAGCUCACCACUACUGACCCCAACAAGCGCUUCUUCUCCGCCUACGGCAACGCCGCCGCUCUCUUCGUCCAAAUGGGCGCAUACCGCGGUGGUCCGAGGACAUUCGCCGUCGUCGGCCUCGCCUCUAAGCCCAUCCACGUCUACGGACGCCCCUGGUACAAAUGCGAGUGGAUCUCCAACCCCAACAACAACAAUAACCGUUCCAGCUCCCUCAAGGCCAAGGCCUACAAAAUGCUCCCGGACUGGGGCUACGGCCGUGUCUACACUGUGGUGGUGGUCAAUUGCACAUUCAAUGUCACCCCUAACGAGGACAACGCGGGCGGCAAGCUGAUCCUCUACGCAUACUACGGGGAAUCGCCCAAGAGAUACGAGAAGAUCACGGCCUUGGAGGAAGCACCGGGGUCGUACAAAGAAUCAAAGUAUCGACCCCCGUACCAGUACGACUACUUGUAUUGUGGUUCGUCCUUGUACGGGAACCUGAGCGCGGCGAGAAUGAGGGAAUGGAUGGCAUACCACGCCUGGUUCUUCGGGGAGAGCUCGCAUUUCGUGUUCCACGACGCCGGAGGAAUAUCGGCGGAGGUGGAGGCGGUGCUGGAGCCGUGGGUGAGAGCAGGGAGGGUGACGAUUCAGGACAUUAGGGCACAGGCGGAAUACGACGGGUACUACUACAACCAGUUCCUGGUGGUCAAUGAUUGCCUCCACCGGUACCGACACGCUGCCAAUUGGACAUUCUACUUUGAUGUGGACGAGUAUAUCUACCUUCCGGAUGGGAACACUCUCCAGUCUGUUUUGAAUGAAUUCUCCAAUAAUACUCAGUUUACGAUUGAGCAAAAUGCCAUGUCCAGUGUCCUCUGCUUAAAUGAUUCUUCUACUCGGAAUUAUUCCAGGGAAUGGGGGUUUGAGAAGCUGGUGUUUAGGGAUUCCAGGACAAAGAUCCGGCGAGACAGGAAAUACGCAAUACAGGCUAAGAAUGCAUACUCGACAGGGGUGCACAUGUCGGAGAAUGUGAUAGGGGGGACGUUGCACCAGACAGAGACCAAGAUCAGGUAUUACCACUACCACAAUUCCAUCACUGUCCAUGAGGAGCUUUGCAGAGUAUUGUUGCCCAUGUCCGCCAAGAACAACAUCACGUGGUUCAACAACCUCCCUUAUGUUUACGAUGAUAACAUGAAGAAGCUCAUACCCACUAUCAAAGAUUUUGAGCGCACUUCCAUUGGUUCUGUACAUCUUUUCUCAUAAAUUUGUUUUUCUCCCCCCCCCCCUUUUUUCUUUUUUCUUUCUUUCUAAAAAGAAGUUAAUUUCUCUACAAAAAAUCAAAAUUCAUGGAUGGGGCAGCCUCACCGACACCAAGCUGAUGUGAACAAACAUUCAAGUAAACAGCACAACAGUAGUCUCUGUGAGUGUGUGCGUGCGUGUGUGUUGGGAGGGGGUGGGGGUGCUGAGCAGAACAGCCGAGUGUAAGUAGGAGUAGAGGAGUUGGACCCUUUCACGGGAGUGCAUGAGUUGGGUCAGGCUGUGUAUGUAUGGGAUGGGCAGUGAGAGUGACAAUGAAUGGGAGGAACUUCACUCUUCCUACUACUACUCCCCCACCGUAGAUCUGACAAUCACCCAUCCCAUUCCCAUGCCCAUUCCCAUUUCCCCUCCAAUUCAAAGUUGGGUUCUUUGGCAUUAUUGUUAAUAUUAGCAGCAGCAGUAAUAGUGGCUCUGUAGAAUGGGAAACUACUGCUAAGCUAAGCUAAUAAGAGAGAGAGAGAGAGAGAGAGAGAAGAAAUUAAAGGUGGCCCCCUAAUCACUCCCCAUUGUCUCUGUAAAUUGUAAAGGUGAUUGUUUGAUUAGUCUGUUCCUAUCAAUAUAUAUAUAUAUAUAUAUAUAUAUUCCUUCAUUAUAUAUCUCUAUAAAGUAGCAGAGUAAUAAAUGUACGGUUGGUUUGUAA